AUGUUCAACGCCCUCAUCCGCACCCACCACAUCACCUCUCGUAAAAAAGUGGCCAGCCUGAAACGCGCCGCCCAUGCAUACCGGUGUUCCGUGCUGCUCUGCUCCGGCUGCCCGGGGAUCAUGUACGUCGAGGCCUUGGCCAAGGACGACGUCGGGAAAUGGGUCACCGCCGUGCGGAAUCUACGCUACAAGGAUUUCCAGCUUGUCGUGAAGCCGGCCUGUCUACAGUCUGAGUCUGAGUCUGGAUCGGAGGGGGAGGGGGCCGGGGGCGCAGGCUUCCCCCCUGGACUCGUCGAGGUGGGGAGUGUCAAGGAGUUUGGCGGGUUGAUGGAGAAGAGGGGGGUGUGGAAGUGGUGGAGGAGGGGGAUGGGAUAUGGAUAA